AUGACAUCAACGUCCUCAACUCGUCCGCCCUAUUCGCCGAUCGUGCAGGGGUCGCGGUCCGGCCAUUCAGUUCACGCCAACGGCCGCACACAUCAUAUGGGGUACUACUUGGACGAUGGCAUAUACCCUAGGUGGCCUGUUUUUUUGAAGACGAUCAGCUGCCCAAUUGGUGAGAGGAGAGUCUUGUUUGCGGCAAAGCAGGAGUCCGCGCGGAAGGAUGUGGAGCGGGCUUUUGGGGUGCUCCAAUCGCGGUGGGCAAUCAUGAAAGGUCCGGCGCGUUUCUGGUACAAGGACGUCAUCGCCGACGUCAUGUAUGCGUGCAUCAUCAUGCAUAACAUGAUAGUCGAACAAGAACGUGGCCAUGUCACCAAUUGGGUGGAUGAUGAAGCCGGAUCUAGCUCCAGCACGGCGACCUCGCCGGUCACUCGAGGAUUACCGACUGGCUUUGGUGCGGUUUCUACAACGACAGGCCUCAAUGCGCAAUCAACAAGACCAUACUCAGCUCAUGACCGACAUGAUGAAGAAGUUUGGACCCGCAACCGCCGUCGUUGA